AUGGCUAAAAUAAAAGUUGGUCCUAUUGUUGAAAUUCAAGGAGAUGAGAUGACAAGGAUUAUCUGGGACCUCAUAAAGGACAAACUCAUCUUUCCAUAUCUGGACAUUGAAAUUCAUUUUUUUGACCUGUCCAUACAGAAUAGAGAUAAAACUGAUGACCAAGUUACCAUCGAGUGUGCAAAUGCAAUCAAGAAAUACAACGUUGGUGUCAAGUGUGCUACCAUUACACCAGAUGAACAUAGAGUGGAAGAAUUUAAACUGAAGAAAAUGUGGAAAUCCCCGAACGGUACCAUUAGGAACAUUUUAGGGGGUACGGUUUUCAGGGAGGCUAUCAUUUGCAAGAACAUUCCAAGAAUUGUUAGUAAUUGGAAAAAGCCUAUUGUGAUUGGACGUCAUGCCUUUGGGGACCAGUACAAAGCAACGGACUUCGUAGUACCCGGUGAUGGAAAAUUAGAGAUAACCUUCACCCCGGCAGACGGCAAACAGUGCCCGAUGAGAUAUAGUGUCUUUGAUUUCGUGGGGACGGGAGGAGUGGCCCUGGCCAUGUAUAACACUGAUGAGUCUAUCCGCGAUUUCGCUCAUUCAUCAUUUCAAAUGGCUCUUCAGAAAAAGAUGAAUUUGUAUAUGAGUACAAAGAACACAAUUCUGAAGCAUUACGACGGCAGAUUUAGAGACCUAUUCGCAGAAAUAUACGCCAAGGAGUACAAAUCCAUAUUCGAGUCGGUCGGUAUCGAAUACGAACACCGACUGAUCGACGACAUGGUAGCCCAGGCCCUCAAAUCAGAGGGGGGGUUCGUGUGGGCCUGCAAGAAUUACGAUGGCGACGUUCAGUCCGAUUCUGUGGCCCAAGGGUUCGGAAGUUUAGGGAUGAUGACCAGCGUGUUGAUAUGCCCCGAUGGCAAAACGGUAGAAGCAGAGGCCGCCCACGGUACAGUUACCAGGCAUUACAGGUUCCAUCAGCAGGGCAAAGAAACAUCCACUAAUCCUAUUGCUUCCAUAUUUGCCUGGACGAGGGGUUUGUUACAUCGAGCUAAACUGGACGACAAUUUGAAAUUAGAAAAGUUUGCAAUGAGUUUGGAAAGGGUGUGCGUUGAGACCAUAGAAUCCGGAUACAUGACCAAAGAUUUGGCGCUCUGCAUUAAGCCUAUUAGCGAACUCAGCAGAAAGGAUUACCUAAACACUUUUGAAUUCCUCGACAAACUGGCCGAAAACUUGAAAGUGAAGUUGGAAGGAAAUUUAUGCCAUCUCUGAUGAUGAUGAUGGUGGUGGUGGCCUAUUUUUUUACCUUUCUUGAUCUAGUUUUUAAAUGUAUAAUCUUCGGUUGAAUUUGCUGUGCCUUCACUGCGGUAGUAUGCAGUAGUAUUUAUCUUUAUAUAUUCCUUGUAUUAUUAUUAUCAUUGUUGUGGUUAUCGUUUAUGGUUAUUAUUAUUAUUGUUAUUAUUAUAGUUGAUUUUUGUUGUAUUUCAUUCCAUACACAGUUCUUUCAGUUUAUACUCAAGCCAGGAUGUCAUUGUUCGGCAUAGCUUACAUUAUGGUUUAAUCACAGCACAAAACACGCGCGAGCACAUAAUCAUAAUAUUAAUAAAUAAAUAAAUAGUUAAUAAUAAUAAAUAAUAAUAAUAAAUAAUAAUAAACAAUUUGUUUUUUAAUGGACUUACAUGUAUGUUAUGAAGUAUUAUUUUUCUCGGCGGUACUGUUAAUGAAAUUUUAUUAUUGUUGUUAUUAUUAUUAUUCGAUUGUAAUGUGUUAAGUUUCGCUUUAGUUGUUUUUUCUUUGUUUUAUUUUGUAGU